GCGGGUGAUAAUAGGGGCAAGGCUAUUGCUAAAGCACCAAAAAAGUCAAAAAAGAAGCCUCCGUUUAUACCACCAGAGGGCCUAGUGCCCGGAACCCUUAGGAUUCCUGGCAGAGAUCGAUCUCCACUCCCGUACAUCUCACCACGUGGCCCUCCAUUGCCACAUUACGAGGAAUUCAAUGGGUUGGCAUGGAGUCAGCCGACCCAUCAUGUGACAGCACGCCCAUAUUUUUGGCCUCAGGGCCAAACAGAACCACAGUGUCGAUCUCAGUCCCCUAGCACACCUCGCACUAUCUCACAUGGCCUACCAGAUUAUUAUCAUGUAUCACAGCGCGCGAAUAUGAGUGGCACCCCGACUGCUACACCGAGCCCGACUACGUCACAUCCAUCGACCUCAUAUAACCCAAAUGUUGUGACGUCGGAGCCUCACGAAAGCAGCUCUGAUUCUGACGAAGAACCUCCCCGACCAGGAGAUGUGGAGACAGUUGAUGCGUCUGGUCGUCUCAUAAUCAAGCCAGUUGGAUACGGAUUCUAUCCGUGCAAAGCAACUAAAAGGGUUUCACAGUCAGUCAAAUCACUCUAUAGAGGCGCCAUUCCGUCUUGGGGGAAGGUGGAUGUGGCUCUGAAGAAGCAGAUGUUUGUAGAAUUCAGGGUAUUUAUUACUUAUAGUAAAAUAAUAUAACUAUAUGUUGAUUGUUUAUGGAAUGUUCCAUAUACAUUACUGAAAACAUUUUAAUUUCGUUGCAGAAAAAGUGUUUUUGGAACCCGGAACAUGAGACUCUAGUAGCGCAAAAUUUCGAAAAAAAGGCGGGGAAUAUACUUAAGCAUGCGUUACGUAGAGCCCGUCAAAAAGUCCUGCAGCCUAAGUGGAUCCGUGAUGAUAACUGGAAGAAAGCUACGCACUUCGGGCAACGAUCCGACGUUUUUAAAGCAAAGCGAAAAUGGGAAGAAGGCCAGGGCGUCAGAUAAGGGUGGAUUUCGACACACUAGUGGGGCCACCAGCCAUGAGGACGUUAGGAUGAAGCUGACGCUCGAGAGGGGUCAGGAAGUACCUCAAGAUGAAGUCUUCAAGAUUACUCACACAAGGAAGGCGAAGAAUGCCGAUGGUACGGACCAAUGGAUUGAGCCUAGGGCUCAGCAAACCUAUACCGAGUUUCAACAACACAAGUUGGAAUAUUGUGCCAGUCAGCCAGCCGGGACGUCGAUGACUAAUGAGAUAAUUCUUUGA